GGAGGAAGCCGCCGCAGGAGAAGCGGCGGCCGAAUGGGAGAGGCAGGAAGGAAGCAGCCCACUGCAGCGAGCUGCCUGGUCAUCUGAUCCCAGCCCAGCGAGCGUCCGGCAGGCGAGGACAGCGGGCAGCCGACGGCAUCGCAGCCUGCCCGGCCUGGCGCCGUUCCGCCUCGCCCUCGCCCUCCUCCCCUUCGCGAUGCUGCCCCUCAAGGCUCGCUUUCCCCUCCCCGCGAUCCUUCAUUGAUUCCCAAAGUCCGGCCGCCCUUGUCCUUUCAGACUUGGCACAACUCUCCUCUGCCGCCUUCCUUCCUGCGUUGCAUCUCCUUCCUUCGUUUCUUGAAAAAAGGUUCCAGCAUCCUUUGGCAUCCUACUUGUGAAUUUGGAGAAAACGCCCCCAUUUGAAGGAAACCCCCUUCUGUUGCUUCUCCCCCCACUUCCCUUGUUCCAUCCCAUCAGAGAAGAGGCCAAGAUCUUAAUAAACUGGAUCUGUGCAUUGCAACUGCCCCUUCUUUAAACUAAGCCAGCGACCCUAUAAUGCAAACAUGCAUUCUACAGAUUGUUGACAUAGGAAGAAACUUGCGUGGUGCACUGUGUUCCUCUUUGUCGUUCAACUUUAAGGAAGUAAUUCUGGGGAAACAGAAGUGAACAUACAUCUCUGUUCCAAAGUUUGAAGGAAACCUGGCUUUGCAGAAACAAAUAUUUCAGACUUGCAUGUUCCUGAAGAAUAUCCUUCUGGAGGAAAAGUCUGUGCCCUUGAGGCAGAGAGGACGACUGCUGUACUCAACCUUAUGUCCCAACUAACUGCUAUGGGACUUUGAGGUAGAAGAGAUUUCCCACUGGAAACUUGUGGGAGUAACUGGAGAAUCCCUUCGAGGAGGAGGAGGAAGUGUGUGACAGAAAAGGAGGAGGAGGAGUUGACCCAGCACAUGAAUGGCUGCCAAGGAUUAUGACCACUUGUUCAAGCUACUCAUCAUUGGGGAUUCGGGGGUUGGGAAAAGUAGCCUUCUACUCCGCUUUGCAGACAAUACGUUCUCUGGUAGCUACAUUACAACGAUUGGGGUAGAUUUCAAAAUUCGAACGCUGGUGAUCAAUGGUGAGCGAGUGAAGCUGCAGAUUUGGGAUACCGCAGGGCAGGAGCGGUUCCGGACCAUCACCUCCACGUAUUACCGAAACACCCAUGGUGUCAUUAUUGUGUACGAUGUGACAAAUGCAGAGUCCUUUGUUAAUGUCAAGCGUUGGCUGCAUGAGAUCGGGCAAAACUGCGACAGUGUCUGCAAGAUUUUGGUGGGUAACAAAUGUGAGGACCCAUCCCGGAAGCAAGUGGACACUGCUGAUGCCCGGAGGUUCAGUGAGCAGAUGGGUGUGCGGCUUUUUGAGACCAGCGCCAAGGAGAACCUCAAUGUUGAAGAGAUGUUCAAUGCCAUCACAGCCAUGGUGCUCCGAACCAAACAGGACAACCUGGCACGCCUCCAGCAGCAGAACGAGGUCGUCAAAAUCAACAAGCCCAAAAAGAAACCGUCUGUCAGGAAAUGCUGCUGAAAAGACAGCCACACCUGUAUUCUCUCUCUCCUUCCCCUCAGUUCUAAGGAGGACUGACCUGUGGAGGGCUACGCGGCUGAAACUAGUUGACGGGUUGGUGCAGUUGGGCGAGGAGGCCUGGCCUCUAGGUGGGAGGGGCACAGGCCUCUGUGUGAAUAUUCUCAGCAUCGGAAUUGCACUCCCCUUGCCUGAACCCACAGCCCUUGGGACAGUCGACAUGCUGGAAGAAUCCACAGAAGCACUGAAAUUCCUUGGGGGUGGAAGGUUUUGUUUGCAGGAGUGGGAGUUGGUGGGGCAUCUUGAAAAGUAUUAAAAACUACUGAAAAUGUGUAACAAGGUGAUGAAUAGAAAGAUGUGGGACAUGAAUGAGUUCAGAGAGUCUUCCCCUUUCUCCUCCAACCUCCCCUCUCAUUUCUGUAGUAUCACCUAUAACAUUUUCUCAUUUCUCCUCUUCCUAUGUCCCCACUGGGGUGCAGUACAAAUAGCCAUUGCUGUCACCAUAAAGAACCAAGGAAGAGAAAACAGUGUGGGCAUUUUUUUUUUUUUUUUGAGAACCCCUCCACUAGAAUUAUGUCUGUGAGUAAUGAGUAGGCUGAAACCGGGGACAUCCAGCAAAAUAAGACACAACACCGUGCCUGACAGUACUGGGGACUGGUACUUUUGCAUGCCUGUGUGUGCUCAGAAAGGGAGCCAAAAUACUGUCUUCAGACAUGGGUUAGAAACCGGGUUACUUUUCCUUUCCUGCCAUUGUCUGGAAUACGAUCAUCUCUUCUUCAUGGACCUUCAAAACUUUGAGAAUAACCACUUAUGUUCAUGUUCAAAAGAGGUUGGGGCUGGAAAAGCAGCUCUUGUUCACAUCUCCUUGCUGUACUCCUGCUGUAAGUAAUUUGAGGAGCUAAUCCGAAGUGGAGGUGUAAACUCCAACCUGGGAACAUGAAGUUUACACCUGAAUGUGGUAGAUAAGAGUCUCCGCCCAACAGUUCUCCAACGGUAGGUGCAGCAGGACUGAAGUAACAUCUGCCUUCCUGUCUUUAAAUUUGGGGACCUUCUUGACUGUGCAAUAUGUCAGCUUCAUGAAUUAUUUUAUAUACACAAAAUAAAUAUGUACAUAAAUAAAACCUCUUGUUUUAACCCACUCCUAAUGGCAUUAAAUCCAAGGAGACACCACACUUCAAUAAAGACAUUUAGCUAUGAAA